AUGAAGUUCACUACCGCAUCCGCUUUGAGUAUACUCUCCUUUACAGCCUCUGUCAGCGCCCAGAACUAUGCCAGCCCCCCAUACUACCCCACCCCCAAGGGCGGGUGGGUAUCUGACUGGACCGCUUCCUACGAGAAAGCCCGUGUCCUCGUAAACAAACUAACCCUCGCGGGGAAGGUCAACAUCACCACUAGUGUCGGAUGGCAAAUGGGCCGCUGUGUCGGUAACACCGGCCCCGUCUACGGCCUCUUUCCAUCCCUCUGCGCGCAAGACGGUCCUUUAGGUGUACGUUACGCCGACCUCAUCACCGCCUUCCCUGCCGGGAUCACUACCGGCGCAACCUGGGACGCCGAUCUAAUGUACGCCCGCGCCAACGCCAUGGGCGAAGAGUUCCGCGGAAAGGGCGUGCAUGUUCUGCUCGGGCCCUCCGUCGGCCCUCUUGGGCGCUCCCCGGCAGGUGGCCGGAACUGGGAAGGCUUUGGCUCGGAUCCCUAUCUGCAGGGUGUCGCAGCGUAUCAAUCCGUCAAGGGUAUUCAGGAUGCGGGGGUGCAGGCGACGAUUAAGCAUUUUAUUGCCAAUGAGCAGGAGCAUUUUAGAGGAGAUGGGCAGGUGACAAAUACGAUCUCUAGCAAUGUUGAUGACAGAACAAUGCAUGAGGCCUACUUAUGGGCGUUCUCUGAGGGUGUGAGGGCUGGUGUGGCGUCUGUCAUGUGCUCCUACAACAUGAUAAACGGAUCCUACGGUUGCCAGAACAGCAAACUUCUCAAUGGAAUCCUGAAGGACGAGCUCGGUUUCCAAGGUUACGUCAUGGCUGAUUGGCUCGCACAACGCAGUGGUGUCGGCGCCGCUCUUGCCGGAAUGGACCAAACCCAGCCUGGUGAUGGAUCCGGAUGGGCCGACGGUGUCUCCAUGUGGGGACCUGAGCUGUCCCGGUCCGUCCUCAACGGAUCCGUCCCAAUCGACCGCCUCAACGAUGCUGUAACGCGUAUAGUUGCAGCAUGGUAUCAGCUUGGACAGGACACCAACUACCCAGAUUUGUCCUUCAGCUCAUGGAGUAGCUCGGAUUAUGACGUGCAGUAUAAGGGUUCCAACUCGGGAGCAAGUGUGUUGGUGAAUAGCCAUAUCAAUGUGCAGGCAGACCAUGCGGAUAUUGCGAGAGCGGUAGCCAGGGAUGCGAUUACAUUGUUGAAGAAUGAAGGCUCGGUACUCCCGCUGAAGAGCAGCGAUGUUAUCAGGGUUUUUGGCAGUGAUGCCGGACCUAACCCGAGUGGUCCUAAUGGAUGCACUGAUCGCGGUUGCAACCAAGGAGUUCUAGGCAUGGGCUGGGGUUCCGGUACUGCAGACUACCCAUACCUCAGCACCCCCAUUGAUGCCAUUACAGCCCGCGCCUCAAACACGCAAUCAAUCCUUACAGAUGCCGUUACUAGUGCCAUCACCACCAUGGCCAGCACCGCCAACGCCAAGUGUCUCGUCUUCAUCAGUUCCGACUCUGGCGAGGGCUACAUCACCGUUGAAAACAACGCCGGUGACCGUAACGACCUCUUUGCCUGGCACAACGGCGACGCACUCGUCGUCGCUGUUGCUAAUGUAUGCCCCAACACAAUUGUAGUAAUCCACUCUGUAGGACCCAUCAUCAUGGAGAAGUGGGCAGACCUUGCAAACGUCAAGGCCAUCGUUCUCGCACAUCUUCCAGGCCAGGAGGCUGGUAAUGCGCUUGCAGACGUGCUCUUCGGUGACGUCUCUCCGUCUGGAAAGCUCCCGUACACCGUUGGGAAGCAGGCAUCCGACUGGGGCCCAUCGGUUGCCAUUGUGACCAGUGGUAGCGGUGCUAUCCCCUCAACUUUCACCGAGGGGCUGUACAUCGACUACAAGUAUUUCGACAAGAAUAAUAUUACCCCCCGCUAUGCGUUCGGUUUCGGUCUUUCCUACUCUACCUUCGCUUUCAGCGACCUCAAGAUUUCUACAGUAGGCACACCGACUGAGCUCCCGCCCGCCAGGGCCGCAAAGCUCGCGGUCCCAACCUACGCCACCACUAUCCCCGCUGCCACUGAGGUUUCAUGGCCUGCUGCAAUUACCUCGAGGAUUAGCAAGUACGUGUACCCCUACCUCGACUCGCCAACCACCAUCACAACCGGAACCUACCCAUACCCCACCGGCUACACCACCACCCCGCAGCCCGCUCCCGCAGCAGGAGGUGCCCAGGGCGGUAACCCCGCGCUCUGGGAUGUGAUGUACACCGCGACCGUCACAAUCACCAACACAGGCUCCGUCAAAGCCAAGGAGGUCGCACAGCUGUAUGUGGAGUUCCCGGCCAACACCGGCUUCGACACGCCCGUGAGACAGCUCCGUGGCUUCAGCAAGGUCGAGAUCGCGCCGGGAGCAUCAGCGACUGUCACUUUCGACAUCACCAGGAAGGAUAUCAGCGUGUGGGAUGUAGUGAGGCAGAACUGGGUCAUCCCAGCUACGGGCACUGGGGGCUACACGUUCCAUGUCGGAAACAGCUCUAGGAAUCUGCCGUUGAACUACGACUUCGGUGGUGGGCUCGAGUACUACGAGUGCGGUGCUGCCGACUUCGAGGACUACGACGACGAGUAG